AUGCCCAAAACAAAAUCAAAAUCCUCAAUUUAUGAUGCUACUAAAAAAAAAAAAGCUGCAAAUGCAUAUUUUCAAUACAGAAAUUCAACAAUAGACCCCGAGAAUAAAAGUCAGAUGAGAGAUCAUUCACGGGACAGCGCAUCAGGAUGGAAAAAUCAAGAUGAUUCGCAAAGAAUACCAUUCUUUCAAGCUGCGGCCAAAGAUGCGGUUGAGAAAGAAGUGGCUUCAGGCGGUAACGGCUUUACACAAAAAUCCUUCGAGCAGUGUGGUAAAUUUGCAUUUGUAAACGAAACCCCGAUCAGAAAAGAAAUCAUUCCUCCUUUGGCUAAACAAGAGGUACAAAAAGUUCACAAAAGGGUUUUAAUUAAUAACCGUAGAUCGGAUGUUGAUGAUCAUAUCGUGAUUAAAAAGGCUAAAGUAACGGAUCCAAUUGAGAACUGCGGGAUAGUUCUCGGAAACACACUCACCACUCGGGUUCAACAGCAAUCCGAUGUCGACGAACCAAGCGUUGUUAAAAAAGUUGCCGAUGUUCAAAAUGUUUUAUGUGAGGUCUCACAAAAAGACAAAAAUUAUGAGUACUUUGAGAAAGAAGCAACUUCCAGUGGUGGUAAUUUCGCGUUUGAAAAGUCGAUAGAAGAAGUAAGGAUUUUUCCUUUGGCUCAAGAAGAGGUUUCAAACGAUACCAACAGGGUAACUCAGGUUCAACAGCAAUCGGAUGUUGAUAAACCAAUUCUUCAAAAGAUUUUAAUUGGGAUUCCGCAGAAAGGCAAAUCUUCAUGCAGUAGUGAUAAUUUCGCAUUUGAAAAGUCGAUAAAAGAAGUAAGAAUUUCUCCUCCUUUGGCUCAAGAAGGGGUUUCAAACGAUAACAACAGGCUAACUCAGGUUCAACAGCAAUCGGUUGUUGAUGAAACAAGCGUUAUUAAAAAAGAUGUCAUUGCUCAAAAUAUUUUCAUUCAACCAACCAAAAGUAGUGAUGAUGAUGAUGGCACCAUGAUAAAUAUUGAAGGUGCUUCUCAAAAAAAUUAUCCAUCAGAUGAGGAAGACGAUGUGUUUAAUAAAUAUACUCAUGCGAAAGAUUAUAUACCUGGAACAGAUUUUACACCCGAUAUCAUAAUUGACGGCACAUCUCUACCCAAUUCGACUCAUUCAAGCUUCCAUGACAACUGCGGAGAUGGUUUAACUGAAACCCUCAACGACUGUUUUAAUAAUAAUGAUGAUCAUAAGUAA